UGCUCUUCUUCUUUCUUCUUCCGUUUCUCGCUUCUCUGGGUUUAAUAAUCUCUUUAGAAAAAAUCGAAUCUUGCAGCAAACUGAAACGGUCAAAUAAAAAAGUUAAGGACUCCAUCAGAAUCUGUCUUCCUACUUAUCGAGACAGGUGAGAGAAAUAAUAGUUCUGAAGGUUCUGUCUGAAGAUUCUCUGUUUUAAAGAGACAUGGAGUGCAACAAGGAUGAAGCCAUAAGGGCAAUGGACAUCGCCAAGAGGAAAGUUACAGAAAAUGACUACACCGGGGCGAAAACAUUUGCUGUCAAGGCUCAGAAUCUGUACCCUGAGCUCGACGGUUUGAAGCAAGUGUUGAUGUUGAUAGAUGUGUAUAUCUCGGCAGGAAACAAGAUUAAUGGAGGGGAGCCUGAUUGGUAUGGAGUUCUUGGUGUGGAUCCUUUGGCUGAUGAUGGAGUUGUGAAGAAGCAGUACAGGAAGCUGGCACUUUUGCUUCAUCCUGAUAAAAACAAGUGUGAAGGAGCAGAAGGUGCGUUUAAGUUGAUUUUGGAAGCUUGGUCUCUGCUGUCUGAUAAGGUUAAGAGGAUUGCUUUUGAUCAGAAGAGGAGGGUGGUGAUGGUGAAAGAAGUUAAACCGAGAAAGAGUCGGAAGCAGAAACAAGAACCAAAGGAGCCGAAGCAAGCUACAAAAAGGCAGAAGCAGCAAGCAAAGGAGCCGAAACAACCGGCAAAAAAGCAGAAGCAACCACCAAAGGAGCCGAAGCAGCCCAAACAACCAGCAAAGCAGCAGAAGCAACCAGCAAAGCAGCAGGAGCAGCCAACAAACCAACAGGAGCAACCACAGCAGCAGCAGCAGCAACCACCGAAGGAGCCCAAACAAGAGGCAAAUCAGCAGCAGCAAUCACCAAUGCAGCCCAAACAAGAAGCAAAUGAGCAGAAUGAACCACCAAAACAGCCUAGACAACCUGCAAACCAGCAGGAGCAACGACCAAAGCAGCCCAAACAAGAGGCAAAUGAGGAGCAGCAAUCACCAAUGCAGCCCAAACAAGAAGCAAAUGAGCAGAAUGAACCACCAAAACAGCCUAGACAACCUGCAAACCAGCAGGAGCAACGACCAAAGCAGCCCAAACAAGAGGCAAAUGAGGAGCAGCAAUCACCAAUGCAGCCAAAACAAGAAGCAAAUGGGCAGCAGGAACCACCUAAACAGCCCAAACAACCACCGCUGCCUAAACAACCUGCAAACCAGCAGGAACAACGACCAAACCAGCAGAAACAACAACCGAGCCCACAGAAACAACAACAACGACAGCCAAGUUCUAAGGCCUCUCGAAACGGUAGAGGUCGAAGCAACAAGCCCACAUCAAAAGUCAGUACCUUUUGGACAAAGUGCAACAUAUGCGAGACGCAACACGAGUAUAUAAGGGUCUACUAUCUUAACAAGAAAGUGAUUUGUCGAAGCUGCCAUGGGUCUUUUAAAGCAACUGAGAUAGAUAAAACACAGCAAGCAACAAAAGAUGCUUCUUGUGGGAGAGAUUCUUUGUCAAGAAAGGCCAGUUCAAACGUGGCAAAUCAAGCAGAGGAAAGAGUAGUGGUUGAGGAGUCAGAAGACAAGGAUGAAGAAGCUGCUAGAGAGAUUACAAACUCUGAUUUCAAAGUAGAAGAGAGGGCUCGUAAGAAGCUGAAGACAAAUGGGUCUUGCAGAGGCAAGUAGUGGGUGGAUCAAAGGUGUGAUGUUUAGGAGUUGAACAAUGAAAUGACUUUUAGGGAUUCCUUAGCGAUCCUAUCUCUUAUCGCGCUAUUAUAUAUGAAUGUUUUGCAUCUAAACUAGGAAAAGUACACACUGGAAGUCUGGAACAAGGGAAGCUCUUCUUCUAACAUAUUUAAUGUGAAAUGUCCAAUCUUUUUUGUUUUGUUUGUUAAAAAAGUGUGCUUUGUACAAA